UAGCGGGCCUGGAGCUCAGCACUGUCCCCUUCUAAAAGCGGAACCUGCUCUCAUGUUUCCAAAGCGUUCAGACGGGGGUAGGAAUUCAUGAUGCUCUCCCUGCCCUUCCAGCGGCCGGGGGCAGCUCCAGGUAACACAGGUAAUACUCUUGGUGCUGCGCUCUUCAUGUCGGCAGCUUCUCCUCCGCUGCCUCCUCCCAGACAGCAGACAGAAGGUCUAUAAGGGCGACAGUGAUUCGUGUCCAUUCCCGCUCACUGUUCGGAGCUGCUUUCUCCUGCUCACUCCUCAGGUGGCACCUCCUUUGGUCCCCAGGUGCCCGCUGAGGGGUGCCCGCUGUACCCCGACACCUCAUCUCCCUGAAACGGCGGGGUGAGGGGAGCGGGAGGCCGGUCAUGAAGGGAAGGGGCCUGUCACGAAGCGGGAGGCCAGUCACGAAGGGACGGUCCGGUCACGAAGGGAAGGUCCAGCCCGUCCCCGCGCCCCUUCCCGCCCGCCGCCUCAGGCGCUGCCCGCCGCGGACGCUGCGAUUGGGCGGCGGGCGCGUCCCGGCGGGCCCCUCUCCGCGAUAUAAGGGGCGGCGGGGCCGGUGCCCGCCUCACUGCCCGCCCCCGGCGCGGAGCGGAGCGGCGGGGCCGCCUACUUCUCCUCCGCCUCCUCCACCCGCUUCUCCUCAGCGGCGGCGGAGCGCGGCUCCCCCGCUCCCCGCCGAGGCGAUGGCCGAGCUGAAGUCGCUGGGCGGCGAGGCGUACCUGGCGCUGGCCCCGGGCUACGGCCCCUCGGCUUUCGCCUACGGGGCGAUGCGCGGCGGCGGCGAGGGCCCGCGGGGGACUUACCCGGGGGGCGGCGGGGCGGACUUCCACCCCGGGGCGCUGGGCAAGUCGGCGGAGAGCAGCGGCGAGCAGAGCGGCGAGGAGGAGGACGGCUUCGAGGCCGGGGUGAAGGGCGGCGCGGCCUUCGAGCGGGAGGGCAAGCUGAAGGGGGCGGCCGUGGGGAAGAAGCCCAAGGAGCAGCGCUCGCUGCGCCUCAGCAUCAACGCGCGGGAGCGGCGGAGGAUGCACGACCUGAACGACGCCCUGGACGGGCUGCGGUCCGUCAUCCCUUACGCCCACAGCCCCUCGGUGCGGAAACUCUCCAAAAUCGCCACCCUGCUCCUGGCCAAGAACUACAUCCUCAUGCAGGCCCAGGCGCUGGAGGAGAUGCGGCGGCUGGUGGCCUACCUGAACCAGGGCCAGGCGCUGAGCGCCCCGCUGCCCGCCACCCUCAACCCCUUCGGACAGUCGGCCGUCUACCCCUUCGGCGGCACGGCCUUGCCCGGCUGCCCCGAGAAAUGCACUGCCUUCACAGGAGCCGCCUCUGCCCUCUGCAAACACUGUAACGACAAGCCCUGACUUCGGGCUGCUUUGGGCUUUUUUGGGUUUAUUUUAUUUUUUCUUUUCUUUUAUGUGCACUUUUCUUUCCACUACCAUCAGCCCUGGCUUCCUACCAUCAGUUAAGUCUGGGUUUUCUUUUUUUGUUUGCUUCUCUUAAAUCCACCCCCCCUCCCUGCACCCCAUUUGGAAAUAUUUGGCAGUUGACGUGGACCCCAGAAACACCCACUUUCGGCUUUGUUUAGUUACGCCCGCCACAUGCAGCUUCAUCUGUAGAGUUAUUUCCUUCCCAGCCUGUUAGUGGACUGUGAGCAUAAUGUUACUUUUCCACUUGCUCUGAUCUACAAAGUUUCUGAGCAGUUUUUAAACUAAACUAUAGAAAAACAGGGAGGGAGAGAGAUCUGGAAAUGGGAACCUCAGUGAGUUUUCUUUGGUGUGAUCAACCUGUGUUAAAAAUUGCUUAAAGGGGGGGCGGGGGAAGCAAAAUCCGGCUGCAAAA